AUGCGUCGUGCGACCGGCUGCCCACUGAGCCAGAUCUGCAUCCCCCCUCCCGCCGUCCUGGUGAGGAGCUUCCCGGUGAGAUCCAGCCUGGAUCCCUGCAGCACCGCCAGCACCUUCCAGUGCUUCCCUUCCCGCAGGAGCCCCUGCUGCUACCCCGGCACCACCACCUACGUCAGCCUGGGGAGCCUGGCCGCGGCCCAGGCCGCCGGCUGCGCCAAGCCCUGCGGCCUCGUGGCCACCACGUGUGUCCCCCUGUGCUGCCAGGGCGUGGCCGGGUGCACCACCACGUGCAGGAACCCCUGCUGCUGCUGCCGGGUGACCGAGAGCUGCACCAGGAGCCAGGACUGCUGCCAGGAGGUGGCCAAGUGCUCCACAGGCACGUGCCAGGAUCUGUGCUGCCAGGAGGUCACCAAGUGUGUCACCACGUGUCAGGAUCCGUGCUGCCAGGAGGUCACCAAGUGCACAACCACGUGUCAGGAUCCCUGUUGCCAGGAGGUCACCAAGUGCACAACCACGUGUCAGGAUCCGUGCUGCCAGGAGGUCACCAAGUGUGUCACCACGUGUCAGGAUCCGUGCUGCCAGGACGUCACCAAGUGUGUUACCACAUGCCAGGAUCCCUGUUAUAAGGAGGUCACUACAUGCACCACCACGUGUGUGGAUCCAUGUUGUAAGGAGGUCACCAAGUGCACAACCACAUGUCAGGAUCCAUGUUGUCAAGAGGUCACCAAGUGUGUCACCACGUGCCAAGAUCCCUGCUGCCAGGAGGUGUCCAAGUGCACCACAACGUGCCAAGAUCCGUGUUGCAAAGAAGUGACCAAGUGCACCACCACAUGUGUGGAUCCCUGCUGCCAGGAGGUCACCAAGUGUGUCACCACGUGCCAGGAUCCCUGCUGUAAGGAAGUGACCAGGUGUGUCACAACAUGUCAAGAUCCCUGCUGCAAGAAGGUCACUACAUGCACCACAACGUGCCAGGAUCCCUGUUGCAAGGAGGUCACCACAUGUGUCACCACGUGCCAGGAUCCCUGCUACAAGGAAGCCACCAAGUGCAGAACCAGCUGUGUGGAUCCAUGCUGCCAGGAGGUCACCAAGUGUGUCACCACGUGCCAGGAUCCGUGUUGCCAGGAGGUCACCAAGUGUGUCACCACGUGCCAGGAUCCCUGCUACAAGGAGGUCACCAAGUGCAGAACCAGGUGUGUGGAUCCAUGCUGCCAGGAGGUCACCAAGUGUGUCACCACGUGCCAGGAUCCGUGCUGCAAAGAGGUCACCAAGUGCAGAACCAGAUGUGUGGAUCCGUGUUGUCAAGAGGUCACCAAAUGUGUCACCACGUGCCAGGAUCCCUGCUGCAAGGAGGUCACCAAGUGCACCACCACGUGUGUUGACCCCUGCUGCCAGGAGGUCACCAAGUGCGUCACCACAUGCCAGGAUCCCUGUUGUAAGGAGGUCACUACAUGCACCACCACGUGUGUGGAUCCGUGUUGUAAGGAGGUCACCAAGUGCACAACCACAUGCCAAGAUCCGUGUUGCAAGGAAGUGACCACGUAUGCCACGUGUGUGGAUCCGUGUUGUCAGGAGAUCUCCAAGUGUGUCACCAGGUGUGUGGACCCGUGUUGUCAGGAGGUCACCAGGUAUGUCACCACGUGUGUGGACCCGUGUGGCAAGAAAGCCUCCAGGGGCCUCACGCCGUGUUACGAUCCCUGCUGCAAGAAGGUGACCAAGUGGAGCAGCCCGUGGGUGAUUCCGUGGUGCAAGAAAGGCGCCAAGUCCAGCACCAGAUGUGGAGAUCCCUGUUCCAAGAAGGGGAGCAAGGGCAGCUCCAGAUGUGUGGAUCCGUGCUACAAGAAGGUGCCCAAGUGCUCCACCCCGUGCCAAGAUCCGUGCUGUAUGACCAGGUGCGACCCCAGGUGUGUGGACCCGUGUUGUCAGGAGGUCACCAAGUGCAGAACCAGAUGUGUUGAUCCGUGUUGUCAGGAGGUCACCAAGUAUGUCACCACGUGCCAGGAUCCCUGCGGCAAGGAGGUCACCAAGUGUGUCACCACGUGUGUGGACCCGUGUUGUCAGGAGGUGUCCAAGUGCAGAACCAGAUGUGUGGAUCCUUGCUGUCAGGAGGUCACCAAGUGCAUCACAACAUGCCAAGAUCCCUGUGGCAAAGAGGUCAUCAAGUGUAGAACCAGAUGUGUGGAUCCGUGUUGUCAGGAGGUCACCAAGUGUGUCACCACGUGCCAAGAUCCCUGCUGCCAGGAGGUGACAAAGUGCAGAACCACGUGUGUCGAUCCCUGCUGCCAGGAGGUCACCAAGUGCGUCACCACCUGCCAGGAUCCCUGCUGUGCCACCAGAUGUGCCACCAGAUGUGUUGAUCCCUGCUGCCAGGGAGUGACCACAUGUGCCACCAGGUGUGUGGAUCCGUGUUGCCAGGGGGUGGCCAGGUGCCAAGAUCCCUGUUCCGUCACCAGAUGUGCCACCAGGUGUGUGGACCCCUGCCGCCAGGGAGUGACCACCUGCACCACCACCCCGCAGUGCCGUGGAGGUGUCCAGGUUGUCACCAGGUGCGCCGACUCCUGUCCCACCACCUGUGUCACCCAGACCUGCCCCGUGUGCGGCCAGCGCUGCUCCGUCUCGGGCUGCCCGAAAUUCCGGGCUCGCUGA